AUGGUUUUAUUCUGGCACAGAAAGAACGACCAACCUGAAGGCAGGGAGCCACCCAACCAUGAAGACGACGAUCAUCAGUCAUUUAGGCCCAGGGUGCACCACGAGCCCGAUGAACGUACUCGAUUACUCCCGCGCGAUAAUGUCGCCUAUCUGAGCCCCGAUGACCCUGCGGUCUCGCCCUACAACCUCUGGAGCAUUCGCGCUUUCCGAGGCGUCUCCUUGCUCUUCUUGGCCAUUAGCUUCGUCUGGUGGACCUUCCUCCUCGUCUCUCUCUUUGUCAGUCUCCCGACGAUGUAUACGCGCGGUUCGGGCUUCUUUGGCUUCUCCUACGCCACCCUCUCCGUGGGAUAUCUCCUCGUUGGGCUCUUGUUCUUCACGGUGCCCUCCAAGCCCAUGACCAUCUGGGGCUCCGUGCUGGCUGUUUUCCUCCUGGCUGACAUGUGCAUCAUCUUGGGCGUAUCGCACAUCCGCGUCGAAGAAGGCUGGGUCGGCAUUGCCUCCGUUGUCUGGGCGGCCUUUAUCUCGUUCUACGGCAUUCUUCAGAACCGUUUAGUCGACUGGGGCAAGAGAAAAGAAGAAGAACGGCUGACCGGCCGCGAGGAGACCCGUCGUUCUCUUCGAGAGUGGCUAGCCGUGUUGGCUCAGACCCCCAUCAUGGCCAUCUUGGCUAUCGUUAGCAUCCUGCUCACUGCCACGCUGAUUCUCCGUGCCCAGGACGCCUCCCUCCCCGCUUCUGGUAAACAAUACUACGUCAAUGGCGACACCAACCGUGUCCACCUUGCCUGCGUGGGGAAUAACACGGUCAACAACACCGCUGACGUACCGCGUCAGCCCACCAUCCUUGUCGAAGGUGGCGAGGGCCCCGUUGAACACACCCUACAGCCCUUCAUGGAUGACGCUUACCAAAACGGCACCAUCGACCGCUACUGCUACUGGGACCGUCCGGGAUUCGGCUGGUCCGACAACGCCCCCUCCCCCUACUCUGCUGGAAUGGCGGCCGACGCGCUAUCAGAGGCACUGGCGCUUUCCGGCGAGGAAGGGCCUUGGAUCAUCGUAUCCGCUGGCAUAGGCGGAAUCUACAGCCGCAUCUUCGCCAGUCGUCACCUUCCCGAGAUCAACGGUAUCAUGUUUAUCGAUGCGCUGCACGAGGACUGCCUGGAGAAGAUCGGCUCGUCAGGCCGGGGCUUCCUCCUCUGGUUGCGCGGCAUCGUUUCCCCGCUGGGUCUGGAUCGAUUGGCCGGUGCCUUAUUUCGAGGCCGUACGCGCGAGGACCGCGUAUUCGGCCGCAACGCUUACCAGACAGGCAAGUUCAUCAAAGCCAAGUUGCAGGAGAGUCUGGUGGCCAGGUCCUUGACGGCGUCGGAGAUCCGUACCGCUCGCCACGUUCAGAUGGCAAAUACGCCUUUAGUCGUGGUCAGCUCCGGGGUGGAGGUGCGCAAGGAUGAGAAAUGGGCCAGGGCCCAGGAGGAUCUAACCACCGUCACGAAGAAUCUGCGCGAUUGGGAUAUCGUGCAGGGCGCUCCACAUGAGGUCUGGAAGUCCAUGGCUGGACAGGCGAUUCUGGAGAAAAGACUACGGCAACUAGUCAAAGUGGAUCGAUGA